ACGCCCCGUCGCAUAGGCCGUGACCACGAUCCGAAUCGGGCACCGAAAAGAGCUCGUGAGGAUCUAGGGAGCGCGGGUCGGAUCCAUCGAGAUCGUCCACGCAGUGUCCCUGUGGAAGGCCCGGAACCCUUGUUUUGGCCAUCGGGUGUUACAAGAGGGCGCGGAAGAAGAUUUAUUUGGCGAUUGUCGGCGGGUGAAGAGACAUGACGAGCUACGAGGACAACUUCUCCAUGGACGAGGCCACCUCGGUGUACAACGGCACCGAGGAGACGCUAGCGGGUAACUUCAUCCACAAGCCGGGCGACGGCUCCGGCGACUGGACCAUGAGCGACUCGUGGGACAUGUUCGUCAAGUGGGAGGACAACCCGCUGAUGUACCUCUUCGCCACGUUCACUCUCAUGUCCAUGCUCAUCUGGAUCGGGUUCGCGGGAGAUAAUCUGCAGCACCAUCGUUCUUACGGCUCACUUUCCUUCGCGGGCGGGGCGACGCACAAGCAACUCUGGGAGAACUCCUUCGGCGGCGGCGGAUUCGUUCUCAUGGUGUUCAGGGUGGCAGCCUUCUGCUUCUGCCUGUGGUUUUCUCUCACGCAGAUCAUCCAGCCGAACGUCGACGCCGGCAACAAGGUGACGGACUACAUGAACUUCCACGACUGGAGCUUCUAUUGUCUGACGAUCUUCUUCGGCCUCGGCGCGUUCGUGUCCGUGCGCGGAGUGUUCGGCGGUGACGGCGAGCGCGCGAGUCGGUACAUCGGCCACAGCGGCGACUGCAACCUCGUCGGCCACUGGCUCAUCACGUGGUACUCGGCGGCGUUCACCCUGUGCCUGGCGUGCGACCUGUGCGUGUGGCUCGAGAUGCUCUUCAAUCCGCAGUGCGUGGGUAACACGUACGGGUUCAAGAUGAGCACGCUCCUGGACCCCGCGAGCAGGCUGUGCUACUUUGAGUGGAACUACAUGGUUGGGUUUGUCGGGAACCUCAUCUUGCUGCUGGUGGAGUCGACCUUGGGACAGUUGCCGUUCCCCAAGUGCUACCUGUCCACCCCUCUGUUCAUCCUCGGUUUAUUCAUCACCCUGGCGUACCUGAUGCACGAGUUCCUCUUCUACCACUGGCCGUACGAGCAGCUCAACUUCUACAGGUGGCAGUGCUUCUGGUACGUCAACGGAUUCAACGGGCUGGUGUUCGGCACGCACUUCUUCCUCAACUGGUUCCUGAGCAUGGGCAGAGGCGACCUGACCAGCGAGGACGUCGGCGACGAGCACAUUCCCCUGUUCAAGGGCGACACGGCGUGAGGACGAGGAGGCGUUGGAGAAUUCGGGGGGGAGGGACCUAGAACAUACAGUAGGGAGUCUAUUAUUCAUGUAAAACACGAGAACCCGUUCUGGUUG